AUGGAGUUAUCCGUACGGGGCCAGGUACUGGCUGUUAAAGCAACAGCCCCUUUUGGGGAGUGCCAGGGAACACCGCCAGUGGCGGAUCUUGUAGGCAUUUGUUCUGCUGAGAGCACAGCCAAACAGGGUGCCUCUGCAUGUGCUGUGGGAGCACGCACAGGAGAAGCAGCUGCUACAUACUGUGACAGGGGUAUUGUUCAGAGAUGCACAGCUAUCAAAUACCACUUCUCCCAGCCAAUGCGCUUACGAAAUAUUCCAUUCAACUUAACCAAGACCAUCCAGCAAGAUGAGUGGCAUCUGCUUCAUUUAAGAAGAAUCACGGCUGGUUUUCUGGGCAUGGCAGCUGCUGUUCUUCUCUGUGGAUGCAUCGUAGCGGCAGUCAGUUUCUUUUGGGAGGAAAGCCUCACACAGCACGUGGCAGGCCUUCUAUUCCUUAUGACAGGAAUAUUUUGCACUAUUUCUCUGUGCACUUAUGCAGCAAGUGUAUCAUAUGAUCUAAACCGCCUACCAACAUUCAUAUAUAGUCUUCCUGAUGAUGUGGAACAUGGAUACAGCUGGUCUAUAUUUUGUGCUUGGUGCAGUUUAGGAUUUAUAGUAGCAGCAGGAUGUCUUUGUGCUGCUUAUCCGUUUGUUAGCAGGACCAAGAUUAUUCAUCUAAAGUCUUCCAGAAACUCUUCUGUAUGACUGCUUCUCAGAAGAUGAUCUUCUCUGCCCUUGUUCAGGGACAGGUCAACAAUAUUGUGCAAGGACUUACCACAAAAACAAAAAAAGUGAAAGGAAAGUUACGUUCAGGAUUCCCUGCACAAAUACCUGAUCCUUCAAAAUCUACCAGUCAGGAAACCAAGAGGAGUUCUGUUCUGCUUUCUAGCUGACUGAAAUCAAAGAAAGGAAACACCUUCCCAAGGACAAGAAUAGUAGGGGUAUCAACGGCUUCAGUCAAAAUACUGUGUCUACAUGUGUCUGAAAGGAGAUGAGGCUAUUCACACAGGAAAAGUUAAAUGGUUGGGAAAAGCUGGGAUGAGAAUUUAGGGCUAUUUCUAUUUGUCAAAUGUUUGUAAAUAAAGUAAUUUAUCAGAGGGGAAAAAAAUCAUUGCCAAAUGAGUCUGAGUCAGAAAAAUAUGCUUUUCUUUCCAUACGAUCAUGCUUAAUACACUUUAAUGCAGCUUCUUCGGGACUUGAAUUUAGGGGAGGUUUGUUAGUUUUUUGCUGUCGGAUAGACCCAGUCUCUUCCCCUGUACCCCAUAUGAAUGUUCUUUGUCAAAACAAGAAUCCUGCUUGGUUUCAUUUCCCUUUGUACUUUAUAAGUAACUAAAAAUGUUCAUUGUUUGUAUAGAUGAGAGAGUCAUUCAUUCCCACUGAUAUUGUUGGAAGUUACCUCUGUUGUGAAGC